ACAGUGGCCGCCUCAGAAGCCUCGAACGAUAGUACUUCAUCACUUGUCGUGGUAGACUGGGAUGGCCCGGAUGACCCUGAGAAGCCGCUGAACUGGUCGCGUGCUAAGAAGAGGGCCAUCAUUAGUUCUGUUUGUCUAAUGCGGUUUACUACACCAUUGGCUUCGUCGAUGAUGGCCCCGGCCCUACUCCAGAUUGGUGACGAGUUUUCGGGUACUUCAGAGAUGUUGAUUACCUUUUCUGUUUCUAUCUACAUUAUUGGUUUCGGUAUUGGCCCUCUCCUCCUCGCCCCCCUCUCCGAAAUCUACGGACGCAACCUCAUCUACAACUCUGGAAAUGUUCUCUUCACCCUCUUCACGGCUCUCUGUGGGGUUUCUCCCAAUGCAACUGCGCUUUUGAUCUUCCGUCUGCUUGCUGGUGUCUUUGGUGGUGCUCCGUUGACCAAUGGCGGUGGUACCAUUUCGGAUCUUGUUCCUGUUAGCGAGCGUGGA